AGCGAUACGUUGUAAGGUGCUUGCUGCUGUCGGACACCAGACCCUUUUCUUUUUGGUUUCUUCUUUCCCUUUUUGCAGAACUCCUCAAACCGUUUUUUGCAGAGGCGUGCUUCCUUUCGUGAUCGCCGCUUUUGUUUUCUUCAAGGAUACAACACGAUGCGGCGCUGUGCUUGUCUCUGUGUGAAGGCGGCCGCUGGCGCCGGCGCCACCGCCACCGCUACCGCCUCCUCCUCCUCAACCCCUGCCGCCUCCUCCUCCUCAACCCCUCCCGCCUCGACGCCUGCGGACGCUUCGCUGGGCGCGCGCACGAACUCGUUGUUCGAGAUGCGUCAGUCCCCCACCUCUCUCUACGUGGAUACAAUGCACAGCAACACACUCACCGACCACCCCCUCACCCACCGCAGCAGUCGCGACGAGCUCGCCUACCGCAAGCGCAAGCUGACGGAGCGCGGUCAGUACGAGCAGGCCGCCAAUGCCGAGGAGGAGGCGGCGCGCCGUGAUCGCUCUGGCAAAGCCGGCGCAGAGACGAAGGAGUACUACUGGGCGAUCUCGUGUGCCGUGCUGGGCUACCUGACCGCCCAUGCGGUGGUGUUCAACUAUUAUUACCCCGAUGAUCUGCGGCCGAAUUACUCGCCCGAUCGCGGGUACUCGGACGAGGUAGCGGCACGACGGGAGCAGCUGGAAGCGGUGGAUGAGAUGGUGGGGCUCUCGGUGCUGGAGGGUGUUUAUAGCAAACAGAAGGCCGUCGUGAAGCGCCGCUUCGAGGGUGUGUAG